AUGGAGGAGAGUCUGAAGUUGGUAGUGGACCAGGAAGUGGUUAAUAGUCAGGAGAUGGGUGGAAAAUCAGCUAACAUGCAGGGUGCAAAGAAAGUCAGUUUUACAGCCUGCCAUUCGGGCAAGCUGUAGCUAGCAUGUACUAGCCCACAAGUCAUUUCAACUAGCACCAAAACCCUUUUUGAUUAGCAGGACUGAUUACAAUCCUUCUGUGAUUUGAAUUUCCCCAAAAAACAGCACUUGCCCGCUGGGCAAGUUAAGAACAAAAAUCACUAGCCCGAUAGGAAAAUUCACUAGCCCCAGGCUAUCAGACACGACUUUCUUUGCACGCUGACAUGGAAAAACUGGCCCUUACUUAAUAAGAUUACUACAAAGGCUGAAGGAUGUACUGAAAGUAGAUCAUCUUGUCACAGAUGCAUCACCAUCUACUGUAUCAAGGCACUGGUGCGGGGUCUAAAAGGUAUAGCAUUUCAUUCCAAUAAUGAAAUUAUCUACAUGUACCGUAAAUCAUCUAUUAAGCCCCCUCUCAAAUAAGCCCCCCCCUCUAAUAAGCCCCCCCCUUUUUAAGGGUUAGUUAUAAGCCCCCACCCCCUUUCCCCCUCUAUUAAGAAGGUGCAAAUGGGGCAGGUGGCCUGUCUUUAUCACCAUGAUAAAGGACCAGGGAUAUUGCUGUGCUGCUUCCAUUUUGAUGGGGUGCAAGUUCAAUUGCUCAUGUCCCUACCCAUAUGCCAUUCCUUAUUUAUUUUCUGGGUGGAGUGUAGAAGCGAAGGACUUUCAGUAAAUUUACUGAUAUCUUCCUUUUGCGAAAAUAAAGUUGUUGCACUUAAAUUGUAAGGGGUUAUAGAAAUUUAGUAUAUACACACUCAGUGAUCUUGGUAAUUCAAGCAAUCUGAUUGGUUAGCUAUCUCGGACUAUGACGUUAUAUUCACCGCGCUAGAUGGUGAAUAUAAAGCAGAACAAAAUCGCUGUCGUAAACUGGGUGUUUUGCCAAUUAGUUUCAUAGUAAAGCCUUUUUGAAAGUACACGAAUAUCCAAAUGCUGAUGACUUUGAUGGCAAGAAAAGACUUCAUGGUGUUUAAACAGGGUGAUUUAUUGUUAAGUGGUUAACUUCGCCUUUGGCAAAUAAUUAUUAUUUGCGGAAGGCGAAGUUAAUAUUGUUGAAUAAUCAUCGUGGGGAUUAUUCAACAAUAUUGUUGAACAAUUAUUGUUAAAUAAUGUAUAGAAAAUGGGUAAAUGACUCUUUUCAAAACUUAUGUCUUAGGCCCUAAAAUUAUUGUUGCAUAUAAUUAUUUGCUUUGUUUUCUAUUGUUUUCACAGAAGUACCAGAUUUAAGGAGUUCAGUAAUAACUUUAAAAGUGUUGUGGUUCGAUCAAUUUAAUCCUGAUACAGUUAGUGUUGGUAAAGUCCAUUCUCAGGUUGCAUUAAUUUUUUUUCUCCUCAACCAAGAGAGGAUACAAGUGCACUUUGGUUCAAUCUGAGAAUUGUUUUAACCUUCAAUAUAGACAAUCUUUUUUUUUUUUUACUGCAGAACAACAUAGAGAACUCCAGGAAGUCAUCCAUGACCUGGACAUUUGGCACAAGUCCGCAAAACUUGUCAAGGCUUUGACUGAUGUAAUUAUAAGGUAGAUCCCAGAUCUAUAGUUUGUCUGAUCAAUAUUAACCUUAAAAUGCAGUGAGCAUGUCUUUAAAAUAAGCUACUGCUGUUUUCAUAAAAAUAAAUAUCUCAACAGGCUCCUAACUUGAAAGACUGUGGUGCUAUAUGUGACUGGAUUGAGCCAAUUAUACCAAACCACUUCUGGUUCUGUUGCCAACAAGCCAAUGGUGAUGUGCUUGCACGAAAGGUAUUGAUUGUUACUUACUCUCAACCUUGUCUAUUGUUACAGUGGUGGAUCCAGGGGAGGGGCCCAGAUGACCCCCCCUUCCUUAUCUGAAGGGCUGGAUCUGCCAAUGUGUUAUAUGCUUAGAAAAAAACUCACAGACUAUGAAUACACUGGCAAUUUAUCCUAAUGGCAAUUUCAUACAACUUAAUUAACGUAGCUUACCUUUAUUUUUACUGCUACAAAAUCUUUGCCAUCAAACCUUCGUGGAAAUGGAUUUCCAUGCAUCCAUCAGAAGAUAUAAGUAGUUCUAGUUUAUUCAAACUGUUUUGAUUUGUAUGCAAACCCACAACUGGCUUUGCCCCAAAUUGAUCAGGGAAAAUUCAAUACUGAUUACAUAAAAUCUGGGCAGGGCUUCCGAUUGAUGGUGGAAGCAAAUUUCCCUGGCACAGGUGUAAUAAACAAACCUUGAACACUUCUUGAAAGCUGUAUUGUUGUUUUUCCAGGGAUAAACAGCAUUUUGUUUCUUUUAUCACUGAACAAAGCUUUUUAUUGACCUUUGAAAGUACCAUAGAUUGUUCAGCAUUUACAAUGAACUCUUGCUUAUUCUUCCUCCUCUCGUUUUCUUUUGAAAACAGCUGUUGGGAAGCUUUUUAGUGUCACACUUUAUAACCAAUCAGAAGUUUUGGUCAGAUUUGUGCAGAUUUUUCACAUCAAUAUGGCUAUAAAAAGAAAGAAAAUUGUAACUUGCUUUUCUGCCACGUGGUAUACUUUCUAGGACAUGUGGCAGGAUGUUCUUCAUCAUGUGGUAGGAGAACAUGAAUGGAGUGAUGGCCAGUGCCCUCACAGUCUACUCGUAUUAUCUGAUACUGACAAACCACUCCUUGGAAAAGGGUCCGAGGCAUUAGAAGCCCUAACAAAGGUCAUAUUGGACAAGAGAUGGCUAGAAAGUUUGGUCUUUUAUGUUUGGUUCAAGUAAGCAAUUUUGUUCUACAAUAGGUAAAAAUUUAUGAAUUUAGUAUUCCUUUGCUAGAUCCAAAAAAGCCCAAAAAUAGGGAAGCAGCUUUUAGAUUUACAUAUGAAAUAAUAGUGUCCUUUUUUAGCCUAUUCUAGACCUGUACGCGGGCAUGUACCAACACUUAACAUGCUAAUACUACCGUAAUACAGUUUUUAAACAUUUUUCACAUAGAUAUUUACAUACAAUUUAUUAAACAUUAUUGGGAACUAAAUUGUGUGAUUUUUUAUUGUAGGCAUACCAUGUUUACUUGAAAACUUCAACAGCAAGAUGCUUAAGUAUGCCCCUAAAAGAAAUGCCUUUGAGUAAGUAUCUAUUUUUUUACCAAGAUCUUGCAGUCAUUGUAUUGCAAGAUAUUUCAUCCUAGUUACAGUUCUACAUUUACCUUGUUUUGCUUGCGUAGAUAUAUACAGAAGAGAGAGUUUUAUUUUUAUUUCAUAGCUUUUUGUGCCCAGGUGCUCCUUGCUGCUCUUGACCAUAACAUGCACAGCUUUAGACCACAAGCCACCACCAAAAGUGGUCACCUAAUCUUCAAGAAGCAGUAUUCAAACAGAACUAAGAAUUGGCACCCUGAACCAUUUAGGGCUGAAAAAACCCAUGACUACAUCCAGUUCCUGAUGGCCAGCAUCCUAAAGGCAAGAGUGGAUGACAAGGAAAGUACUGCAAGGGUUAUUUCUCUUCCAUCAGAUCACCCAAGGAAUCUGGCCCCAACCAUUGGCUUGCGAGAAAGCCCAGAACUG